UUAGUUUGUGUGGAAAGGAAACAGUCAGACCUUUCCAAAAGUGUUUAAAUAACGCCUGUGCCAUUUACAGAACGUGCGUUUCGGUCGAAUAGGUCAUGAAAAUCUGUUCACUGAAAGUGUAAAAAUAUAUUCUUCCGCGCCUGCAGGCAAUUGUUUACAGAGAACAGAAUUAAAUAGAGCCGCGUUCUCAUUGGCUACAGCUUCCCCAUGCUGUCUACAGUUACGUCAUUAGUUUCGCAAUUGAUUCUUGGUCUAACCCAAACAAGAGAACUACUUUCCUACUGCCACCGCCCAGAUUUUCGAGCGACCAUUUUCAAACAUGUUUUUCUCCACGGACCAGCUAACGAUUCCACACGGUCUCCUGAGGUAUUCCUAGCUCGAUAUCUAGGCUAUAUAUGGACCGAUUUAAUCGAAAAAAAGACCCUAAAUGAUGUUUAUGGGACAUCUAGGAGUGCCAAGAAUGAAGCUCGUCAAAGUCAGCAGAUGGCGAUGUGAGUCUUUCAGGUGAUGAUUCUUCCGUGACGUAUAAUGGACUGGACGGACGCUUCUUCAGGAACAACAACACGGAUACUCUUUCAACCACCUCUUUAGCUUGCUAGCCAACAUAAAACUGAAAGAUUGACGCUUUAGAUCAUCUUAAUGUACAUGAUCUAAUCUCAGUGUUUUAAACACAGUUCUGUUGACGUAUUAACUGGUUAACUGUAACCUAAUUUGCAAACUUGUUAUAUAUUGAUACUGAGCCUAGCACUAGGCAAGUCGCUAAUAAUAAAUCCCUGACCAUGAGCUCACUAAACUACUCAUCCCCUGCUAAAGAAGAGGAUGUCUGCUGUACGGAGAAAGAAGCUCUGGCGCUGAACAUUGUCGUGGAAGAUGAAGAGGUUGAUGUUACAGUGAAAGAAGAGAAAGAACCUUUUAGAAUGAAAAAGGAGGAAGAGGAGACUGUUAUAGUGAAGGAAGAAGAUGCUGUUAUAGAGAAAGAAUCUUUCAGAAUGAAAAAGGAGGAAGAGGAGACUGUUAUAGUGAAGGAAGAAGAUGCUGUUAUAGUGAAAGAAGAGAAAGAAUCUUUCAGAAUGAAAAAGGAGGAAGAGGAGGCUGUUAUAGUGACAGAAGAGAAUGAACUGUUUAGAGAGGAAGAGGAUGCUAUCUCAAUAAAGGUGAAGGAGGAAGACAUUUUGGCAGUGAAAGAGGAGACAGAAUAUCAGAUUAACACCAGAGAGAGACAUGACUAUGGUGGAUCCUCUGGGGAGCCUCAACAACAUCCUGAUGCUGACGAGACAGAGAAGAGUCUCUCCAGAUCAGAACACCAGAUGGACAACGCUAGCCCUUCCUCCCUCCCGGAGUCCCUGUAUCGUUCCUCUCCCGGUAGCGCCUUACUGCUGGGUAUAAAGAGGUUGUCUGUGCUGCUGGUGGACUGCAGGAAAACAACGGGGCUGAGUGGAACUGUGGGAGGAGGAGAAGAGAAGAAAGGAUCAGAUUUGACUCACCAAAGUAAGUGCUGUAGUUUAGUUUGAACAAAUACAAUAGAUCUGCCCACC